AUGGCUGAAUCAAAGGGCUUGGCUUCAUUACCGCGGCGGUUCUAUGAGUGUGUGAUUUGCAAGGGAAGCUUCAGUUGUUGGCGAGCAUUGGGUGGUCAUAUGAAGAUCCAUCGCAAGGAACCGUCACCAUAUGACCAGGCUGCUGGCUUGUUGUCUCAGCCAACUUUGGCAUCGUUAUUGGCACCCUGUGACCAGGCUACUGGGUUUUCCUUAACUUUCCCACCGUCGUCUGCAAGACCCAGGAGAGUAAAACAUAGUUUUAUCAAGACCCAAUUCAAAUUGAAUAAGGGAGAGAGAUUUAAAGCUGUGGAGGCGGAGGCAGCAGAAGUGGGCGAGGGACUUGACCUGGAGCUUCGACUUGGAUAG